GGGCCGGAGCCGCGCUGUGAUUGGCUGCGGACGGGGCGGAAGAGCGCGUUCCCCAGGAGACGGCCCGAGGGGAGGGGUUGCGCGCCGGCCUGAGGGCGCACUUUAGUCAAAAGAAGAAAUAACCACUAACGGCUGAAACAUACAUCUCUUCCACUCUGGCUAGGCAGGAGCAAUGGAGACUUCUGAUGGAGAAAGUUUGGGUGUAGCCACCUCCACCACUUCUGAGGAGUUUGAUGCAGUUGUUGGCUAUCUGGAGGAUAUCAUAAUGGAUGAUGAUUUCCAGUUAAUACAGAGGAAUUUUUUGGAGAAACACUACCAGGAGUUUGAUGACUCAGAAGAAAACAAGCUCAUCUAUACGGACAUUUUUAAUGAAUAUAUCUCUUUAGUAGAGAAAUACAUUGAAGAGAAGUUGCUUGAUCGGAUUCGUGGGUUUGAUAUGGUUGCUUUCACAGUGUCAUUGCAACAACACAAAGAUGAAAUGCCAGGUGAUAUAUUUGAUCUGCUUCUCACAUUUACAGACUUUCUGGCUUUCAAAGAAAUGUUCUUGGAAUACAGAGCUGAGAAAGAAGGUCGAAGUCUGGAUUUAAGCAGUGCGUUAGUGGUGACUUCAUUAAACCAUUGAACAAGUCA